CGGGGGAAGAGACGCUUGGGGCUGGAGCGAACCGGACGGGUCGCUCUCCCAGGAGAGGAGCUUCCCGGCCCUGGAGAAGGGGCGAGUCCCACGCGAUCCUCCGGGAAGCGUCGCGCUCUCGAGAGGAACGGUCGAGCUUUCCCGGCCCGCGGAGGGCUCGGCGCCGGGCUCCCCUCCUUUCCACCUCGGGAGUAAGAGAGGGAGGGAAGGAGGGGAGGGGAAGGUCCCACGGAGGAGGCAGAAUGGCCGGUCGAGGGGGGCUUUGGCGCUUUUCCCUGGAGCUGCCUCCACUCCUGCGGCUGCCGCGAGGGCUGGCCAGAGCCUAGUCUCCGCGCUCUCCCGUGCGAGCCAGCGCGGCCCCCUGGGGCCAGGGCAGCAGCGCCGGCAUGUCGUCCGGCACCAUGAAGUUCAAUGGCUAUUUGAGGGUCCGCAUUGGCGAGGCGGUGGGGCUGCAGCCAACCCGCUGGUCCCUGCGCCACUCGCUCUUCAAGAAGGGCUACCAGCUGCUGGACCCCUACCUGACAGUGAGCGUGGACCAGGUACGCGUGGGCCAGACCAGCACCAAGCAGAAGACCAACAAACCCACGUACAACGAGGAGUUCUGCGCUAACGUCACCGACGGCGGCCACCUUGAGCUGGCCGUAUUCCACGAGACACCCCUGGGUUACGACCACUUUGUGGCCAACUGCACCCUGCAAUUCCAGGAGUUGCUGCGCACGGCCGGCACCUCGGACACCUUCGAGGGCUGGGUGGAUCUGGAGCCUGAGGGGAAAGUAUUUGUGGUAAUAACCCUCACAGGAAGUUUCACUGAAGCCACUCUCCAGAGAGACCGAAUCUUCAAACAUUUUACCAGAAAGCGCCAAAGGGCUAUGCGAAGGCGGGUCCACCAGAUCAACGGACACAAGUUUAUGGCCACAUACCUGAGGCAGCCCACCUACUGCUCUCACUGCAGAGAGUUCAUCUGGGGAGUAUUUGGGAAACAGGGUUAUCAAUGCCAAGUGUGCACCUGUGUCGUCCAUAAACGCUGCCAUCAUCUAAUUGUUACAGCCUGUACUUGCCAAAACAAUAUCAACAAAGUGGAUUCAAAGAUUGCUGAACAGAGGUUUGGAAUCAACAUCCCACACAAAUUCAGCAUCCACAACUACAAAGUGCCAACGUUUUGCGAUCACUGUGGCUCCCUGCUCUGGGGCAUAAUGCGACAAGGACUUCAGUGUAAAAUAUGUAAAAUGAAUGUACAUAUUCGAUGUCAAGCAAAUGUGGCCCCUAACUGUGGGGUAAAUGCGGUAGAGCUUGCCAAGACCCUGGCAGGGAUGGGCCUCCAGCCUGGAAAUAUCUCUCCAACCUCGAAACUCGUUUCUAGAUCGACCCUAAGAAGACAGGGAAAGGAUGGCACCAAAGAAGGAAAUGGGGUUGGGGUUAAUUCUUCCAACCGAUUUGGUAUCGACAACUUCGAAUUCAUCCGAGUGUUGGGGAAGGGGAGUUUUGGGAAGGUGAUGCUUGCAAGGAUAAAAGAAACAGGAGACCUCUAUGCCGUGAAGGUGCUGAAGAAGGACGUGAUCCUCCAGGAUGACGAUGUGGAAUGCACCAUGACUGAGAAGAGGAUCCUGUCUUUGGCCCGCAAUCACCCCUUCCUCACCCAGUUGUUCUGCUGCUUCCAGACCCCUGACCGCCUGUUUUUCGUGAUGGAGUUUGUGAAUGGCGGAGACUUGAUGUUCCACAUUCAGAAGUCCCGGCGUUUUGAUGAGGCACGGGCUCGUUUCUAUGCUGCGGAGAUCAUUUCUGCGCUCAUGUUCCUACACGAAAAGGGAAUCAUCUAUCGAGAUCUGAAACUAGACAAUGUGCUGUUGGACCAUGAGGGUCACUGUAAACUGGCAGACUUCGGAAUGUGCAAGGAGGGGAUCUGUAAUGGUGUCACCACAGCCACGUUCUGUGGAACACCUGACUACAUUGCUCCAGAGAUCCUCCAGGAAAUGCUGUAUGGGCCUGCUGUGGAUUGGUGGGCCAUGGGUGUGUUGCUCUACGAGAUGCUCUGCGGUCAUGCACCCUUCGAGGCUGAGAAUGAAGACGACCUCUUUGAGGCCAUCCUGAAUGAUGAGGUGGUCUACCCUACCUGGCUCCAUGAAGAUGCCACAGGGAUCCUAAAAUCUUUCAUGACCAAGAACCCCACCAUGCGCUUGGGCAGCCUGACUCAGGGAGGAGAGCAUGCUAUCUUGAGACAUCCUUUCUUUAAGGAAAUUGACUGGGCCCAACUGAACCAUCGCCAACUGGAACCACCCUUCCGACCCAGAAUCAAAUCCCGAGAGGAUGUCAGUAAUUUUGACCCUGACUUCAUAAAAGAAGAGCCAAUUUUAACUCCCAUUGAUGAGGGACACCUGCCUAUGAUUAAUCAGGAUGAGUUUAGAAACUUUUCCUAUGUGUCUCCAGAAUUGCAACCUUAGCCCAAUGGGGAGGGAAAGAGAGAUGGUGUGAGAAUCAAAAGGGAACAGACACUUUUCCAGGAAUAUCCUUUGUGGGGACUCCCCAGCAUCCGCCUUAGAACACCAAGCUUACCUUCAAGAAGCGAAUGUUCACAACUCUGUGAAGGACAGAACUUCAACAGAGCAACUAUCUCAAGUCCCGAGGGAACUGUGGUUCUGGAGGUAGUUGAUACCAAAAUGAGAUUUUUAUGAUGAGAUUGUUCCACUCGGCCGGUGAGUUUCCGAAGCUGUUUGAGGCUUGGGAUGUUAACAUGACCCAAAAGGUGAGAAGUAAUGAAGAAAUAAACUAGGUCCUAGAAAUUCUGAGCCAAAGAGGCUUUUUACUUCAAAAGACAAA